UUUAAUGAAACAGUUUCAAUGGAAGUCUUGAAGAAGAAAAACUCUCUUAAUGAAGGUUCUGUUUAUUGCAUUAUUUGUAACUCAGUUACCGUAUUAUAUGUUCGCGCAAGAAAAUUGCGUUGGCCGACCAGGUCGUCAGCUUUGCUACGGCAGAAGUCAUGUUGGUUUUAACAAAAGUAAAAAUUGCAACAACUAUGGCAUGGACGAAAUGUGGUAUUUCGAUACGAAAGUCAAGUUCUGCAGGACAAUGGAAUAUCUUGGUUGCGGUGGAAACAAUAAUCGUUAUUGUUCCAGGGAUCACUGUCGUCAGAGAUGCGACCCCUACGUAUGGACUACAAGACGAACAAGACCACCAAGACGACCAAGACCUUGAAAAAAAUUUAAGCCCAGCUAAAGAAUCAUUCUUAAUAAGCUAAAAACUACACUUCUUAUUUAUGAAUCUCCGUAAAAAGUAAAAGUACAUUUUUUCCAUUAAAUAAUUUACAAUUUUA